AUGAAAGAACAGGUUCUAGAAACGGCUCCUCGAAAAAUCAAACAUAUCCAAUUCAGUGUGCUUACUCCACAAGAGAUCGUCAAAAAUGCACAACUGGCCAUUACUCAUCGCGAUCUUUUCAAUGAAAAUCGAGCUCCAAUGGAAAAUGGUGUCUUAGAUACGCGCUUGGGAACUUCAGAUCAUGACAUACUUUGCGAAACAUGUGGUGAAAGAAUGGCUCAGUGUAUUGGCCAUUUCGGUUAUGUCAAGCUGGUUUUACCAGUAUUUCACAUUGGUUAUUUUAAAGCUGUUAUCAGUAUGUUGCAAAAUAUUUGUAAGUCAUGUAGUCACGUCUUACUGGAAGAAGACGAUAGGCGAUCAUAUUUGAAACGAAUAAGAAGUUGUAAAGAGUCUUCAGCACGUGCAAAAUUAGAAAAGUCUAUAAAUUUAUUAUGUAAAAAAAUCGUAGAAUGUCCAUAUUGUCGUGCGAUUAAUGGAGCUGUAAAAAAAGUUGGCGCAAUUAAAAUUGUUCACGAAAAGUUUAAACCAAAGAAAGCGGUUAAUGAACAAGAAAUUUUCAAAAGUACUUUCAUUAACGCUGUAGAGACCAUGCCAGAAUUAAAAGCGCAUUUACAUAAGGCACAAGAAGAUCUGAAUGCGAUGAAAGUACUCGAUUUAUUUAAAAAAAUUUCUGAUGAUGAUUGUGAACUACUCGGAUUGGAUCCACAAAACGCGCGGCCUGAACUUUUUAUAUGGCAACGAAUUCCAGUACCACCUGUCGCAAUUCGUCCUUCAAUUGCUCAAGAUAACGCGAGCACAGAAGAUGAUUUGACUGUGAAAUUAUCGGAAAUUGUCCAGACGAAUACUAAUAUUGCUGCAGCUUUGAGUAAAGGAAUUACUAUCUCACAGUUGGUGGAACAAUGGGAUUAUUUGCAGCUAACAGUCGCAAUGUACAUUAACAGUGAAAUGCCAGGACUUGGGAAUAUGGCGGUAACAAAGCCGAGUAGGGGUUUAUGCCAGCGAUUAAAAGGAAAGCAAGGAAGAUUUCGUGGAAAUUUAUCUGGAAAACGUGUUGACUUUUCAGGCAGAACAGUAAUUUCACCUGAUCCUAAUUUGCGAAUUGAUGAGGCAUCAGUACCUGAGCUAGUUGCGAAGAUUUUGACUUAUCCGGAAAGAGUAUUUGCACAUAAUAUAGAGAAAUUACGCAAGUGUAUAAUGAAUGGUUCAGAUGUACAUCCUGGUGCAAAUUUCGUCAAAAAUAUGUCCGGAGGGAAAAGAUACCUUAAAUACGCAGAUCAAUCAGCAAAAGAUGCAUGUGCUGCUGAACUACAAAUUGGUGAUGUAGUAGAACGUCAUUUGAGGGAUGGCGACGUGGUCUUAUUUAACCGACAACCUUCUCUUCAUAAACUUAGUAUAAUGGCACACUAUGUUCGUGUCAAGCCGUGGCGAACAUUUCGUUUCAACGAAUGUGUAUGUACGCCUUAUAAUGCCGAUUUUGAUGGUGAUGAAAUGAAUCUUCAUGUUCCUCAAACAGAAGAAGCGCGUGUUGAAGCAAUAGAGUUAAUGGGUGUCAAGAACAACUUGGUUACACCAAGGAAUGGUGAUCCAAUCAUUGCUGCCAUUCAGGACUUUAUAACUUCUUCGUAUUUAAUUACGAAGAAAGACGUAUUUUAUAAUCGUGCUCAAUUUACACAAAUUUGUUCAUAUAUGGCGGAUGCUGACUUACAUAUAGAUAUUCCAUCACCAGCAAUACAUAAGCCAGUAAAACUUUGGACGGGCAAACAAAUUUUUAAUGUUUUAAUGCGUCCAAAUAAGAGUUCAUCAGUUUUGGUCAAUCUCGAAAGUAAAGGUCGAUCAUUUGAAAAAUGUGAAGGCAGAGCACCAGAUAUGUGCCCAAAUGAAGGUUAUGUUGUUAUUCAGAAUAGUGAAAUAAUGUGUGGUGCAAUAGACAAAUCUCUAGUGGGUGAUGGUAAUAAGCAUUCACUAUUUUAUACUAUUCUUCGUGAUUAUGGUGCUGUGCAAGCCGCUUAUGCAAUGAACCGUUUAUCCAAAUUAUGCUCCCGAUGGUUGGCCAAUAGAGGUUUCUCCAUUGGAAUUAAUGAUGUACAACCUGGGGAAAUAUUACGGGAGAAAAAAGAUAGGCUCAUUGCAGAUGCAAAUAAAGCGUGUGAUGAUCUCAUUGAACGGUCCAAAUCCGGGAAACUUGAGAAUCAACCUGGUUGCAAUGAGGAACAAACAUUGGAGGCACAUAUAUCUGGAAUAUUGUCAAGGGUUCGUGAUGAUGCUGGUCAAAUUUGCAUGACGGAAUUAAGUAAAAAUAAUGCACCUUUAAUAAUGGCUACGUGUGGCUCUAAGGGUUCGAAAAUUAAUGUGUCUCAGAUGGUUGCCUGUGUUGGUCAACAGAUCAUUAGUGGGAGUCGAAUUCCAGACGGAUUUCAAGAUCGUUCUUUACCACAUUUUCCUAAACAUUCUAAGACUCCGGCUGCUCGCGGUUUUGUCAGAAAUAGCUUUUAUAGCGGAUUAACUCCUACUGAAUUUCUUUUUCAUGCUAUAUCUGGCAGAGAGGGUCUUGUAGACACCGCUGUCAAGACUGCAGAAACUGGUUAUAUGCAAAGGAAGCUGAUGAAAGCUUUAGAAGACCUUGCUAUCCAUUACGAUAUGUCAGUUAGAAAUUCUUCAGGUGGACUUGUACAAUUUUGUUAUGGUGACGAUGGAUUGGAUCCCGCAUAUUUAGAAGAUGAAGUUCUCCCAGUAGAUUUUAAACGUAAUUUACAACAUAUAAUUAAUACUACGCCAUGGGGUAACAAACCUGGUCUCUUACCAUACGAAAUAAAAGAAGUUAUGGAUUCUGUGCUAGAUAGCGAUGAAUAUCGCAAGUGCUGCACUCUAGCAUACAUAGAAUCUGUACAAAAGUUUAUUCAUCAAGAAUUAAUUGAAAAACUUGUUUCAAUACGUGAUUACUAUGGCUUAAUACGAGCUGAUGAAAGACCUAACGAUGAAUAUAGUGAUAUAGAUCCCAAUUUCAUAGGACCAGCUUCUGUAAAGGCAGUUGUUGAUCAUAAACUUAAAAUUACUGAAAAUCAACUACGAAAAUUUUUGAAUAUAUGCUUACAAAAAUUUGUGAAAGCAAUGAUUGAACCAGGAACUGCCGUUGGUGCAUUAGGUGCUCAAUCUAUAGGUGAACCUGGUACUCAAAUGACAUUAAAGACUUUCCAUUUUGCUGGUGUUGCAUCCAUGAACAUCACUCUCGGAGUACCACGUAUAAAGGAAAUUAUAAAUGCUUCAAAAACGAUCAGUACACCAAUUAUUACUUGCAAACUAGUUAAUGAUUCUGAUGUAAAGUCUGCCAGAAUCGUUAAAGGGCGAUUAGAAACAACCUACCUAGGAGAUAUUGCGAAAUAUAUUGAUGAGAUUUAUGAACGAGACUCCUGUUAUCUUGCUAUAAAACUUGAUUUAGACGCCAUACAAAAGCUUCAGCUGGAAACAAAUAUUAAAGAAAUAUCGCGAGCUAUUCUUAAUGACCGAAAGUUGAAAUUAGAAAUUCAAGGAAUUCGGAUAAUAGCUAACGACGAAAUUGAUGUAUAUGUUCCAGAAAAAGAUAGUUCAAAGAAACUGGAACUAGAUAGACUUUAUUUUCGUUUGCAAGUCUUGAAACGGGCAUUACCUAAAGUUAUAAUUAAGGGUAUUCAAACAGUGACAAGAGCAGUCAUAAGUGAAGCCAAGGCGGGUAAAAAACAAUUACUUGUCGAAGGUUACGGUCUUCGAGAAGUAAUGACAACUGAAGGUAUAUUUGGUACAGAGACAACCAGCAAUAACGUCAAUGAAGUAAAUAAAGUUUUGGGAAUAGAAGCAGCUAGAAAUACGAUUAUUCAAGAAAUUCAAUAUACCAUGGGUCGUCACGGAAUGAGUAUUGAUCCACGGCAUCUGACGCUGAAAUUUGGAUUUAAAAAUCUAAAAAUUUUUGGGAGGGGAGAAGUAUUGGGAAUUCACCGAUUUGGUAUUUCAAACAUGAAGAGUAGCGUUCUUAUGUUAGCUUCGUUUGAAAAGACGACAGACCAUCUUUUUGAUGCUGCUUUGCAUAGCAAACGUGAUUGUCUUGAAGGUGUGAGCGAGUCUAUUAUCAUGGGAAUGCCUAUGCAACUUGGAACUGGAUUGUUCAAAUUGAUAAGAAAGUCUCAUCUUGGUGAUGAAAAACCUCAGAGAAGAAAGUUAAUAUUCGACUCCCGUGAGCACCAUUUAAAAUUCUUAUACUCUGAUGAGCAAUGUUAA